GGGUGGGUGGGUGGGUGUCUCUCCAUGCUGCACUAACCUGGAAACGAAUUUCUUGGGCGAUCAGAAUUACAGCGUUUGUUGGUAGAGGGCACAGCCCCUCGGCCUGUUGCCAGAGUCUUAGCCGGGGUCAGUCUUUUGCCCAGGAGCUCAAGAGGCAGGAAGUCAUCCUGCGGGAGGAAGACGUGAGAGAAGCAGCGGUUGCUGUUGGAGGAGGUGUUGGUGAGGAUGUGGAGAAAAGGGAACCUCAUCACUUUUAUCUUAGUAAGCAGAGCCCCCAGCCAACAUGUGUUGGGCCUGCUUUGAAGCUGCUCACUUUUGUGAGGAAGGGAAGGAGGAGGAGACUGGUUCAAAUCUCUGAGGUUGGUGUGAAGGACAGCCUGCUUUCUGCUAUAGGGCUUAAUACCACUGAAACAAAGCAAGGAGGGAGAAAUUGCACCAUAUCCGUGCAGAUCCACCUCUAGUGGCAGCUCUGGUGGUGUUGGAAUUGCUGCUGACCACCACCCUCAACAGGUCGCACCCACCCAGGAACAUCCAUCAUCCCCCAGCUUGGUUGGGCCUCUUCUGCACUUUGUCUGUGACACUGACUGAGACUAGGCUUCGGAAGGAGGUUGAUUGAUUGCUGAACUGGUGAUUGACUCUAACAUUUGUUUCCAACUCUACCACCUGAAUCACUGAAAGAUCUGAGUGUGAAGCUAGAUCUGUGGUAGAGGCUGAGACUGGGGUGGGGUUACUUAACUGGGCCUCCUCUGUAACUUGUACCAUGACUGGGGCUGAGAUUGAACCUGCUGCCCAGGCAAAGCCUGAAAAGAAGGCUGGAGAAGAGGUUGGGGGUGGGGCUGAAAGAGAGAAUGAAGUCCCCUUGGUGGUCAGACCCAAGGUUAGGACCCAGGCACAGGUAAUGCCUGGGGCAAGGCCCAAAACUGAGACGAAGUCUAUGCCAGGGGCAAGGCCCAAAACCGAGUCCCAGGCAGUGGCAGGGGCAAGGCCCAAAAGUGAAUCCCAGGCAGUGACUGGGGCAAGGCCCAAAAGCGAAUCCCAGGCCAUGGCUGGGGCAAGGCCCAAAACCGAGUCCCAGGCCAUGGCUGGGGCAAGGCCCAAAGCUGAAGUGAGGGCAGUAGGGGGAGCACGUCCUAAGACCGAGGCCAAGGUAAUCCCUGGGGCAAGGCCCAAAGAUGAAACUCAAGCUUGGGCCCAGACUGAGUUUGGGGCUGAAGCAAUGUCACAAACAGAAGGCUUGACCCAGACCAAUGCUGUAGCCUGGCCACUUGUCAGUACUGAGUCUGUGUCAGUUGCUAAACCUAUGGCCCUGUCUGUGGACAGGGAGCUGGUCAAUGUGGACACUGAGACGUUUCCUGGCUCCCAGGUUGAGGCAGGAGUCCAACCCUGGUUUGGAUCAGGGGAGGAAGCUAAUAUGGGGUCUUGGUGCUAUCCCAGGCCCCGGGCCAGAGAGGAGGCCUCUAAUGAGUCUGGAUUCUGGUCAGCAGAUGAGACCUCUACAAUGUCUUCUUUCUGGGCCGGAGAAGAGGCCAGUAUCAGAUCGUGGCCCAGGGAAGAGGCCAAUACCAGGUCCAGGCACAGGGCCAAACAUCAGCCUAACCCCAGGUCCAGGCCCAGAUCCAAGCAAGAUCCCUAUAUUGAUUCUUGGUCUGGGUCUGAAGAGGAGUCUGGCAACCCAUUUUGCUUGUGGGCUGGGGAAAAUACCAAUAACUUGUUCAGGCCCAGAGUCAGGGAUGAGGCAAAUAUGAGGUCCAAGCUCAGGACCAAGAGAGAGGACUUUUUUGAGUCUGAGUCUGAAGAUGAGUACUAUAAGGAGUCCUGGUUUUUGCCUGGAGAAGAGGCCAAUAGUAGCUUCAGGACCAGAGACAAGGAAGAGCCUAAUACUGUCUUGAAGCCCAGGGCCCAGAAAGAUGUUAAUCACAGUGGUAGGGUCAAACAAGAGUCCAGAUUUGAAGAGGAAGUCAUUAUUGGGUCCUGGUUCUGGGCAGAGAAAGAGGUGGGUAUGGAGGCUGGGGCUUCUGCCAUCUGUGAAUCCACACCAGGGGCCGAGGAGGGGGCCAUUGGUGGAUCCUUGUUCUGGACUGAGGAAAAGUCCAGUUUGGGGGCUGUGGCCAGAGAAGAGGCCAGGCCAGAGUCUGAAGAAGAGGCCAUAUUUGGGUCCUGGUUCUGGGAUAGAGAUGAGGCCUGCUUUGACCUAAAUCCCAGUCCUGUGUACAAAGCUAAUUCUAGAUACAGAGAUUCAGCUGAGGAUGAACUUAAGGCAUCAUCCAGGCCCCAGACCUGGGAAGAGGUCACUGUUGAAUUCAAACCUGGUCUUUGUCAUGGGGUUGGCUUCCCAUCCCCAGGCUCCUUUAGAAUUCCUGAAGAAGCAGCAUCUGUAUUCUCUGAAAUGUUUGAGGGAAAGCCCAAGAAUGCAGAAUUUACCCCAGAAGGGGAAGACCAGGAAUCUUUGCUUCAGUCUGAACAACUUGAACCUGAAUUCCCAUUUCAGUAUGAUCCAUCCUACAGGUCAGUCAGGGAAAUUCGGGAGCAUCUUAAGGCCAGGGAGAGUGCAGAGCCUGAGAGUUGGUCCUGCAGCUGCAUACAGUGUGAGCUUAAAAUUGGUACUGGAGAGUUUGAAGAACUUCUUCUAUUAAUGGACAAAAUCCGAGAUCCUUUUAUUCACGAAAUAUCUAAAAUUGCAAUGGGUAUGAGAAGUGCUUCUCAGUUUACCCGAGAUUUCAUUCGGGAUUCAGGUGUUGUCUCACUUAUUGAAACCUUGCUCAAUUAUCCUUCUUCCCGAGUUAGGACAAGUUUUUUGGAAAAUAUGAUUCACAUGGCUCCACCUUACCCAAAUCUAAACAUGAUUGAGACAUUCAUAUGUCAAGUGUGUGAGGAAACCCUUGCUCAUAGUGUGGGUUCCCCUGAGCAGCUGCUUGGAUUAAGGAUGCUUAGACACCUCACUAUAACUACUGACUACCACACACUGGUUGCCAAUUAUAUGUCUGGGUUUCUUUCCUUAUUAACCACAGGCAAUGCAAGAACAAAGUUUCAUGUGCUGAAAAUGCUAUUGAAUUUGUCCGAAAAUCCUGUCGUGGCAAAAAAACUGUUCAGUGCCAAAGCUCUGUCGAUAUUUGUGGGUCUCUUUAACAUAGAGGAGACAAAUGAUAAUAUUCAAAUUGUUAUCAAGAUGUUUCAGAAUAUCAGUAAUAUCAUAAAAAAUGGAACUAUGUCCUUAAUUGACGAUGAUUUCAAUCUUGAGCCGCUUAUUUCUGCAUUCCAUGAAUUCGAGAAGCUAGCUAAGGAACUACAAGUCCAAAUAGACAAUCAAAAUGAUCCUGAAGUGGGACAACAAAGCUAACAUGAAUAACCACCUGCCUUUGAUCAGCCUUAUGUUCCCAAAGAGCCCUGAGUAGUGCUUUGGUUUUCACAGUCUGGUUUUAUGUUGUAACUUAUAUUUUAAUGCUGAUGUUAACUUUGUCCAAUUCUUGAUUUGAGCUGGAUCAUUUUGUGGAUGCCAAAUGAAUAUUAGAGCUGAAAACAUAUUUGUUGAUAUUUGUCUUGCUGUCCAGAUUGCAAUAUUUUUCAGUAUUGAGCUUCUGAUGAACUAAGUCGCCUGUGUACGCUACCCUGCUAUUUGUUGUUUAAACAUAUGGUUCUCUAUUCAAGUCUGUGUUUUCAAUAAAGGUCUAUGUGAAUAUUGGCA